CUUCCUGUGUUGUAAUGCUUCACUGGUAUAAGUGCAGGCAUGGAGCACACAUCAAUAGAUAGCUAGUCUAUAGCUGUAGUUUGCAAGACUGGUCAACACUGAGAUGAUGUGUUUCAAGCUACUGCCAUUUCUCUGCAUGGUGUGUGCUGUGGUGGGUGACUAUGAGCUGAGGGUCAGGGUACACUCUUAUCUGAAUGCAGACAGUAGAUGUGCCACUUGUACUCGUUCCCUCGUCAACCCCAUAUAUGGUUGCUGUGACAACCAGACCAACACUGGAGUGUGCAGCGGAGAUGAGCUGUGUGAUACUUUCUUCAUAUACUGUCUGAGGUCAUUGGGAGAGAUGGGAAUACGAUGUCCAGUUAAUAAUGUCACAGCGUUCUUUAGUCGCAAUACUGACAUGUUACUGGAUAUUGGGGACACUGUACUAGGGAGUGAGAACCCAUUCUUAUACUCUGGACCUAUCUGGACGGGUUUUCAGUUUUACCUGAUGGCUAAAGACAGUGGUAUGCCAGAUGGAGUGGGAGUUGGUAGUAAAGAUAUUGAUUCCUUUGCUAUUGAUCUAAACAUUGAUGGUGGUCAGAGGCUAGAGCCACAAGUGUUCCAAGGAAGGUUUGGGAUUGCUGAGAUUGAGCUGAGCUUUGAUUUGAUCUGUACGGACAGUUACAGCCUCCCUAACUGCAUGUCAUGUGACCCCGGGACCUCUGACCUUUGCACUCAGAGAGGGACAGCCCCUCCCACAGCUCUCAUAGCCCCUCCCACACUCCACACGCCCACACACCCUCCACCUAGUGACGGUGCUGUGGUGGGAGGUAUACUAGGAGCUAUCACUAUUGUCGCUCUGAUUGCCAUAGCAACCGUGGCUCUAAUCGUAGCCUAUAAGAUACUGACGAGGAGAUUAACAGAUUACGAUCUAGAAGGUACCGUCAAGUUCCUGGGACCCCCCACACCUGUUGCCCCCCUGACCCUGAGACCCCCCACCAUUGUUACCCCCCUCGGAGAUAACCCAGUGUAUGCUGCCACUGAGACACGACCUAAUGGAAUCAUCUCUGUUGCUAUUGCUAUGGACGUUGCUAUAGACGAUGAGAGAGAGUUUGACAACCCGCUGUAUGGUGAUAAUGGCGUUGAUGGACUAAUGAACAAGGGGGCGGGAACACUCACUGACUCUGAUUAUAGCACACCAUACACACAGUACACUAUGAGCACAUCCCUGCCAAACCAAUAGCAUAGCAUAAUUAUUACUCAUUACUUCAUUCUGUUUUUUGUUUACUUAUUAGCUUUGUGGUUAAAUGUACUGGCCCCGCCCACA